AGGAGAGAGCCACUCAGAUGGAGGAACAGAAAAGAGCAGCGCAGAGAAUGGAUGCUCUCCAGUACUAUGCCAUCACCUCAACAGAGUCAGAGAGGAAACCCAAAGAAAGACAACGAUGCUCCCCUUUGCCUUCCCAACCAAGAAAUAAUCUAUCACGGCUUCAGUCAAUUGAUGACUCGGGACCCCUCACUAGGCCUUAUAGGCCACAUAGCGCUGCAUCUCCAGCUCCAUCUCUGCCCCGCUCCAAUACGUCCUCUCCUGCACUGGGAGUCAAGCCCUCAAUGUUCAGGGUGAAGGAUAACACCAUCAGAGGUCCAUCUUUCAUCAAGUCAGUCAAACCACGCUUCCAUAAGAACUUUGGAGGGGAUUUCCGAGUGGGUUCACCCAUGGAAAGAGGGUCAGAGAGAGGAGAGGAGGAGCAGGAGAUAAUGAGACGCAGUGCUGGAAUUUCUGGCACGGGGGUUAACAGACUUGCUGCUAUCAAAGAAUUAGUGACAUGUCAGCCAGCAUUUUCAUUACAGGACUACUCAGCCCAUCUUUCACAACACAGGCCUUACUCCAGGAGGAGCAUUGCUCUGGAUGAAGAUGACUCCCGCUCUGUCAUCAGCAACAUUUCAGAGGAUGUGGAGAGUUUUGCCACCAGUGCAGCAGACCUGGCAGAUGUACGAGGCCUGUAUGACUACGAGAGGCCAGAGUCAGCCUGUAGCUUCAGCAGCGAUGUGUCCCGUUCUUUGGGCAAGCCUCCAGCUGUUCCCCCAAAGAGUGACAAAGCCUUGCGCAGGGCCAAAAGGUUGACGACUCGGAGGAUAAAGAAGGAGUUGUGCAAAGCUGAAGCAGACAGCCCUGUUGGAGUUGAGAAACCUCUUCAAGAAGUCUCCAGUAUUCCUCCCCCUUCCUUCAUUGAGCUCCAGUGACACAGUACCAUGUAGAGUCAAGCUAUCCACAGUCCUACCCACUGACCCAGCGCAAGGUGCUUCAAGACCUCGGAUCUGGUCA